AUGGGUAGAAAAUCAGCAAAAUCUUUAGAAAAGAAAUUACGAAAAAAAGAGGAAAAAGCUUGUUUAAAAGCGUCAUUAGCAAAAGUUGAAGCUGCCAACAAGCUUGAAGAUCCAAUGUCAACACUCUUACCUUUUAAAAAAUUUGAAAGAAAUGGUCUGAGCUCAAUUAUUGAAUGUAAGAGAGUUGCAGAUUUGGAUAAAGACACAAUCGAAUGGGCUUUCCAGUUGAUCAAAAGUAAUAUGCAAUCAUUAUAUGAAACUAGUGACUGGGGAUGGAAUGAUCGAGAAAAAAAGACUGAACUGACUGAAGACAAAGCCUGGUACUUGAUAGCACGUGAUGCAACUAACAACAAACCAGUUGCAUGUGUACAUUUUAGGUUUGACUUGGAAUGCGAUGAUGAAGUCGUUUACUGUUAUGAAAUUCAGAUUGUUCCUGAGGCUCGGCGUAAAGGUCUUGGAAAGUUCCUUAUGCAAAUUCUUGAAUUGCUUGCACAUAAAACAGACAUGAAGAAAGUGAUGUUGACAACAUUUAAACACAACCCUGUGGGUGAAGACUUUUUUAUGAAAAAAUUGAAGUACGCCGUGGAUGAGAUCUCUCCAGAGGAACCUUUAUUUGACGAUGGGUACUCUUAUGUAAUUCUCAGUAAAAUUAUGCCAGAGAAAAAGAAAGUAUCAGCUGGCAACAGCGCCUAG